AUGAUGAAACGAAUCUUUGAUACAGUACUCCGAUCAUCUUCAAAUAAAAAAUUGAGUCUACAGACCAAAAAAUGCACUGGAACUAGUACUUGCUUAGAUACACUUGAUGCUAAUAAAUACAUCUCUGAGGCUUCACUACCAAUUUCUGAAACUGAUUCACAAAUGAUAACUUUUCUAGAAAAUCCUAAAUAUCAGGAAUUAGACAGACAUUCGUACUGGUGUGAAAAUAAGUCAAAUGAAAACGAAAAAUCUGAGCGCAUACUACAUCGCUUGAGAAUACAAGAUGAGAAAUCUUCCACAUCUUCAGAGGCAAAGCAUAAUAUAUCUCCGAAUAAAAAAUCACUCCAAAAGCAACUCCGCAUAGAUACUAUCAAUAUUGAUAGGCAAUCACAAGGGUGGUGGAGCAUAUUAACGUCUCCAUUUCUAUCACAUCCAAUGGAUUUAGCUAAUUUUGAGAAGGAUUAUUAUGAAUCUCAUGCUUCUGAAUGUUCAAGACCAUCGGUUAUAGAAUUUGAUUUUGUAGAAGGCCCUAGUGCUAAAUUAUGCGGAAUUCAGAAGAAUAAAUUCAGCAACAAGAAUUCACCCUUAGGUAUUGCAUCAACUAGUAACUCUAAUGCUAUAUAUUCUAGCCCCGUACCUACCAGGGCUCCUACUGGUGUGAGCCCUAAACAAAUUGGAGAUAGACAACCGGCGAGAGAGCAUAAUUUUGAUCUGAACGGUGUUCCGACAGUGAAACAAAUGCCAUCGCAAAUAUUAGGUUUAAAUGAUAGCAUUCAAUCUCUCAAUCAGGAUAGUUGUACUUCAUCAAUACCGCUAGGGUCCUCCAAAUAUUCAUUCCAUAUUUAUGGAUCUAAUUCAUCCCCCAGAAGUAAUUCUUCGCAUCUUCAAGUAUCGCAAGCAGUAUUCAAUUCGCCCCAUAAAAAAUCUAUGUCUCCUAGAGCUUUUUCUCCACCAGACCUUCCAGAUGUUUUACUAGAGCCGCCCAAACAAAGCUACCACGGGGUUAUUCCUAAAGACUUGAGCUUGCCGAAGACUUCCACAGAAAGAAGUUCACACAGAGAUUAUCCAAAAAAAUUAUAUAAUGCUGCAAUCGAGGAACCUAGAAGAUUUAAACUCAAAUUACGUAGGUGUCAAACCAAAACCCCUAUUUUAUCCAGUCCAAAAAAAUGCCGACAAUGCCAUAAUCUAUGGCAAAUGGGAUUUCCUCCAAGAAAUCUGAGACCUAAAACAAAGCGAACAAUUUUCUUCAUAUCUAUCUUUUUCACCCUGCUCAUUAUUAUAGCUUCAGUGUUGGCAGCAAUGAAUCACAGAAAACCGAGAUUAGUUCCAACUUUGUCUUCAUGGUUAAAUCUUACAGAUUAUCCGCCUCUAUUUCUCGGAGUCUCCACAAUUAUUUCACCAAAUAUCAUAAAGGAAGAUUCAGGGUGUGUUUUUCCUUCUACGCAAUGGAGCUGUCACUUGCCAAAAGAACUUCAUGUCACAAUAGAACCAAAUCCUUCAAAUCAGCCGAACUUUGUGGUAGAAAUUCAAUGGGAUAAUAGUACUCUAAUUAAACAUUCAUUUUCAAACUUACUUCUUAAAAGAAUCGGAGCGCACAUAAUUAAAGAAUGCCUCAUGCCAUGUGGAAAAUUUAUAAGGCACUCUUUAAGAAGGGCCCUUCACGUUACAGCGUCAGCACCUGCACCGACUCCUCCUAUGAUCUCGGAGAUGUGGUUUUUAGGUAAUACUACAGAUGGUAUUUUGUCUGAAGAAAAAGCUGGAGAACUGACGCCAUUUUACAUAUCAUUCUACAAGCCAAAAAACUUGGCCAUGGAAAUAUUACAAGCUGUUUCAGGGGAAACUAAUUUUCAGAACACUUCUUUCCUCAUCCCUGCACUUAGUCUUAGCUCAGAUGGUACAGCAGCACCUGCUAAUUUACUACCCUUUCCAACUCUCCAGCCUCUAAGACUAUUUGAUCGUGGUCUUUUGACCGAACAUUACGGGUUUUACACUUACUUUGAUCGUUCUAUAUUUUUAAAAUCACUUGAUACUCGUGAUAAAAGUUACUACGACCCUAGUCUAGCUCUCAAUGAUAUAGAGGGCGGCGCACGAAAAUCAGAGGCUUCGUUUCGUUGUACAUGGUCCCAGACGCGCUUUCUCGUUCAGAUCUGGACACGUCGCAAUACAGCUAGAAUAAAAAAUAUCUCACAUUCAGAAAAUUUCGUCGAGUCUUUUGGCGUCCAACAGCCUACAAUUUUCCCUUAUCCAACUACAGUUACUAUAGAUCGCCAUGGUGGCGAUCCAUUCGCUAAAACAGUAUACUGCUAUAGAAUUGAUCAACGGAGGAUUCCAAUUGAAAGCUCGGGACAAAUUAGCAUAGAAGAUAGGAGAUCUGGUGGAAAUAUUAUCAACCCAGCACCGACCAUAUUUACAAAUGAUUCAAAUCCUAGAGCUGGCGGAUUUGAUGGUGGAACAUCUGGAUGCUCUUGUCAAUGGGAGAACUUUUGA